AUGACCAUUUGCAGCAGUGAGCAGAUGGUUGAGAUCAGGAGGAACGCUGUGCGUCUGACCAGGGCUCAGGUCACUCAGCCACUCACGGACAUUGAUGGUCUACAUUCAGAGACAGAUUCAUCAGAUGAAAUGGAAGUAUUCACACCCGACGAUGAUGGUAUGAUCAGGCUUGCGGAAUACCCACGGGAGCAACCAAAAAAUGCGGAGCUGGGCUUAACAAUAGGGUCUGCAAACCCUAGGGGGGAUGAUACCGGCCAAGAGGUCAAUGACGGUGGUCCGGAGGAGCCAGAGGGGGACCCAACUAUGAGCUUAGCAAUAGGUGGGACUAUUGAUAUUAUCAGAAUGUCUGGGAGGUCCGCUAACAAAGGGAAAGGCGAGAUGAACGAUCAAAACAGUCCAACGCGUCAGUACUUCAACUUGCAGAUGGGAACAUGUACUGGAAAUCCACCUGCAGGGCGAGCUGAUGUAAAACCCCAAUGGAAUGAAGCUGGUGAUUGUGAGAUGCUAAAGGGUGAGGCCAUGGAGAAGAGUAGCCAUCUAUACGUGGGGCAGGUGUUUGUAGACAAGGAUGCGUUCAAGGUCCACAUGUCCAUCUACGCAUUGGCCAACAAGUUCAGAUACUUUGUGAGGAAGUCAGAACCGGGGAAAGUGGUGCUGGAGUGUAGUGGAGUUAACUGUGUGUGGCGGGUCUAUGCCGCUAAGAUAUUAGGGUGCCCGCGUUUUGAGGUGAAGACAUUGGAAAAUGUUCACAUGUGCACUGUUGAUGAAAGGGGACAGUUUACAAGGCAAGCGACAUCAUCGAUUGUGGGAGGGAUGAUGAGGAGCAAGUACGUUGGCACAGGGAGUGGCCCAAGACCAGGAGCUUUAAGGGAGAUGAUGAGGACGGACCACAGUGUUCCGAUUUCGUACUGGACUGCUUGGAAGUUCCGGGAGAAAGCUAUAGAGAAUGGGCGGGGAAAUGCGGAGGAAGCAUAUAGCACUUUACCGUCGUAUCUCCAGCAGUUGGCGGUUGCGAACCCUGGGACUCUGGUCGCAUUGGAGACCACUAGGGGGCCGGGCGAUAUCCAGCGUUUCAAGUACCUGUUUCUUUCCUUUGGGGCUAGCAUAAGGGGAUUCAAUUUCUUGAGGAAGAUUUUACCAAUUGCUUUUGGGAUAGUCGAUGGUGAGAAUGACCAAUCAUGGACCUGGUUCUUCAACAAGCUCCUGGCGGUAGUACCUGAUGCUGAGGACCUUGUCUUCGUUUCCGACAGACACAAUGCCAUCUACUCUGGAAUACGCAGGGUAUAUCCAGCUGCUAAGGAUUGUGCUUGUCUGUUACAUCUUCAGAGAAACGUCCAGACCAUCUUCAAGAAGAGACAUUUGCUCUACCUCAUGGGAAAAGCAGCCAGAGCAUACAGGCUAGAGGAUUUCUACAUGCACUUCAACGAGAUCAUAGUUGUUGACAGCGCAUGUGCGGAUUAUCUGAUAAGGAUCGGUCUUGAGCACUGGGCUAGGUCACAUUUUGAGGGGGCAAGGUACAACAUCAUGACAAGUAACCUGGCGGAGUCCCUGAACGCAGCACUCUCAGAGGCUCGUGAGUAUCCAAUUGUCUCACUGCUGGAUUAUAUUAGAUCAAUGAUGAUGGGAUGGUUCUCAACCCACCGUGAAGCAGCCGCAAGGAACGUAGGUGCGCUAACUCCAAGGGUAACUGAUAUCUUAGCGAAGAGCUUCACGGAUUCCACGGGAUAUGCUGUUAAACACAUUAGCAACCAUGAGUACGAGGUUGUAGAUGGCAAUGGGAUGUAUUACCGUGUGGAUAUGGAUAAUAAAACUUGCUCUUGCAAGGAAUUCGAAACGCUGGACAUCCCAUGUGCGCAUGCAGUGUGUGCUGCUAUAUAUGCUAGGCAGUCCGUGGAGAGUAAGGUUGGUGUGUUUUAUAUCAACGCUUACUGGGCAUUGGCCUACAGUGAUAGCAUCAACCCUGUGGAACAUGCCAAUAUUGCCGCAUAUAAGUUCGGUGUGAAUGGAGAGAAUGGGCACCUUCACCCUCCAGCAACUCGCCGACCACCAGGGAGGCCAAGGAAAGCAAGGAUUCCAUCUCGUGGGGAGUACAAGCACCUAAUUUCGUGUAAACAUGGAGAUGACUGGGAUUUUCAAGCGCCGCAUAACCUGCAGCAGGUGUGGAGGAACUGA